ACCCACUCUACAUACAAACCCCAUUUCCCAAAACGUUACCGACUCAUCAAUACCAAAAAUUUCAAAAAAUAAAAAAUAAAAAAAAAAUUAUUAGAUACAUAGAUGAUGCUCGGAGAAAGAAGCUUCGCCGGAACCGCAGUGCACGUCCCGCCGUGGUCCGCCGCCGGAGACGAUCCCGCCGCCUUCGCGGCCAAUGUCGGCGAAGACUACUCGCAGUUUUUCCACGCCGACUCCUUGCAGGCGCUGCAGAGGUACCUGCCGUCCAGCGCCGACGACGACUUUUCGGUACCGGAUUCUGAUUCCGGCGGCGGCGGUGUGGAUGCGCAUACAUGCGAUCAUUUCAGGAUGUUUGAAUUCAAGGUUAGGAAGUGCACGCGCGGCCGGUCCCACGACUGGACGGAGUGCCCGUUCGCGCAUCCCGGCGAGAAGGCGCGCCGCCGCGACCCGCGGAAGUUCCACUACUCCGGCGCGGCGUGCCCGGACUUCCGGAAAGGCGCGUGCCGGAAAGGCGACGCGUGCGAGUACGCGCACGGCGUUUUCGAGUGCUGGCUCCACCCGGCGCGUUACCGCACGCAGCCGUGCAAGGACGGCAUGGGGUGCAAGCGGCGCGUGUGCUUCUUCGCCCACUCGCCGGACCAGCUGCGCGUGGUGAGCCCCCGCGCCGCCACGGACAACUACGACGCCGCCCGCCUUCUCUUCAUCUCGUCGCCGGAGUCGCUCUCCCCGACGGCCGAGUCGCCGCCUAUGUCGCCGCUGACCCCCACCGCCGUCAGCGACAUGGUGGCGUCGCUCCGGCAGCUCCACCUGAACAAAGUCAAAUCCACCAUUUCCACCUCCCCCCUCGCCGGCUGUUCUUCCCCCCGGAUAAAAUUCGCCGCUCCGACCGGAUACUUCAGCCUGCCGACGACGCCGACACGCGCCGCCCUGGCGCGUCCCGGAAUCGGAUGGGAGAGGGAUGACGUCGCCGGCGAGGAGGAGGCUGCCAUGGAAAGGGUGGAAUCCGGUAGGGAUCUAAGGGUAAAGAUGUUCGAGAAGCUCAGCAAGGAGAAUCCACUGGACCGGGUCGACCCGGACCCGAAUCCAAACCCGGACGUGGGCUGGGUCUCGGAGCUCCUAAAAUAAGCCCUAAUUUUCAUCAGCUCCGGUGGACCGAUUACAUUUGGGUAAUGUUAUCUGAGGGACAAAAUGGUCAAUUCACGAACACUAAUCUGUAAUUACUGCAAAUUAUGUUCAUUACUAUAUAUGAUUAUUACCACAACGGAGUGAAUAGAUAUGUCGAUCGCCAUGGAGACGGCCCAAAACAAAUUUUCCCAGAAGAAGAAGGAAGAGAAGGUACGUUUUCCAUUGUACAGUGUAAGAGAAUUAACAAGAUUUGUGAAUUUUCAGAUUUUCUGUCUUCUCCAAACCAUAAAAAAGAAUCAGCACCAGAGACAGACAGACAGACAAAAAUGGGGUUUUCCAUUCAAGCUUUCACAAUCAUAUAUACAUAUAUAUUGUUAUAUAAAUCUGUGUGUAUGUAUAUAUGAAGAUGAAGAUUGCAGUUUGAUGAUGGUGAUUAUUAUUAUUAUUAUUAUUAUUAUUAUUAUUUUUGCUUGGAGCAGCAGCCGAAGAUGAUGAUGAUGUAAAUAUUUUAUUUGAUGAGGCAAUUAAUAUUAAUUAAUUAAUUAA